AUGCUGUACGGCGGCAUCCCGUUUUGUCCUCCGCCCAAAUUUAAGGGCGACGUCGCGCAGUUCGUCAAACUGCAGGUCACAAACUACGCGAUUGUCUGUCCCAUUCCUUAUCCCUCGCCCAUCUCCGCCAUUCUCUCACCAGAAGCCAUCUCACUUAUGCAAAAGUUGGUGUGCGAUUCGUCCGUUCGAUAUAAAAAGGCGAGCGACAUUUUGCAGCAUCCUUUUUUUAAGGAUAUAAACUUUGAGUGUUUGUUUGAACAGCAGCAGCCGCUUGCUGCUGAUACGCGAGCUUAUGCUGCUGCUCAUUAUCCUUUUCUUUUUGAUAAAGACGGUGAGCUGCUGCCGCAGCAUCAGCCCCAGCAGCAGCAGCAGCAGCAGCAGAUGCAGGAGCAGCAGCAGAUGCAGCAGCAGCAGCAGAUGCAGCAGCAGCAGCAGAUGCAGCAGAUGCAAAGAUCGGAGGAACUUAAUUGCAGCAGCAGCAGCAACCAUAAGAAAGAAAAUAAACAACAUACUCUAAACCAACAAAGAGAUAAAAAGAAUCAGCAGAUAUUCAAACAGCAGCAGCAGCAGCAGCAACAGCAGCAGCAACAGCAACAGCAACAUAAACAGCAGCAGCAAACACAUGCUGGGUGCUUAGCAACACUCCGAGCAGCAGCGAGGGGAGGAAGACAGGCAGCAGCAGCAGCAGCAGCAGAGCAGCAGCAACAGCAAAAGCAGCAGCAGCAGCAGCAGCAGCAGCAGCAGCAGCAACAGCAGCACCACCACCAGCGCUGCCCCAACGGUAAACCGAUUCCAAAGCAGAGCUCCGCAACUGAUGAAGAAGUGGAUUUGCUGUUUGCGCGCUAUGCGUUUGAUAUUCGAGCGGAGGUUAGCAGGCCGAUGUUAACACAUAUAAUUAAAGACACGCGAGUUCAAGAAGUGCUGCAAGCAGCAGCAGCAGCAGCAGCAGAUGCAGCAGCAGCAGAUGCAGCAGCAGCUGAAGAAGCAACAGCAGAACCAACAGCACCAGACAUAACGGACACACCCCGUGCUGCUGUUGCUGCUGCAGCUGCAGCUGCAACUGCAUGCAACACAAGCAACAACAACAGCAGCAGCAGCAGCAGCAGCACCAACUAUCCAUCCAGCAGCAGCAUCUACGCAUUCACAAGGGACGCCAAACGCUGA